UUUUGUUUAAUUCACACUAAACUUUUCUGUCUAACAUUAAAAAUAAGUUUGAAAACCUUUUACCAGUGACCAGAUAAAGGUUUGAUAGUAGGCAUAAUUCAAGCAGCUCAUGGAUGUUAAUGAUUAUCCUCAUGCUAGCCUUAGGCCUAUAUCUUAUCUCGACUCUCUCAUUUACCACUGAGUCUUCAUGACAGCAACAGCCUAGAGGCAAUGUCCACUUGCCUGCACAACUGGCCAAAGUUAUUUCCCCACGAUGGAACUUCUUUCUUGAUACACUCCUGUUAAAACAAGAAUGGCGGUUUCACAGUCUUACAACGUCCUGUGGAGUACAGGCAUACUUCUUGUGAUUUUACCUCACUUCAGUCUGGGAUUGCUGUCUGACUACAAGAUCUGUGGAGAUUCUGAGUGUGAAAGCCUAAUGAGCAGAGUGCAAGCCAUCAGGGACCACCGAGGUAAAGAUUGCCGUUUCCUGAGCUUCAGGAAAGGAGACACAAUCUUUGUUUACCACAAACUGACCGGAAAGAGAGAUGACCUGUGGGCAGGAAGUAUUGACAAACAGUUUGGUUAUUUCCCAAAGGAUGCGGUAAAAGAGGAGCAGGUUCAUGCAGCUGUGGAGAAAGUAGUGGAAACACAGGAAUCGGAUUUCUUCUGUAUGGAUGAGCUUGGUUAUAUAAUUGACUCCAGUCAUUUGGACAGUGAUGAUGAUGAUUAUGAUGACAAAAUCCAAAACCAGGAGUCAGAAAUCACCCAGACUACCACAUACACUGAAGACACAGGUGCUGAAAGUCCUUCAACAUCCGAGGAAGACCCGACAGAACCUCCACUUUCAGCACGGGAUACUGACGAUACAUCGACAGAAGCGGACGAAAGCGAAAAUGCAGAAGAUGCUGCUCCUGAGACUCAAAUGGAAGCACGGGAGGCUCCUGCGGCUCCUGGCGAACAAGGUGGGUCUGCAUCCUCUCCCUGGCUCAGUUCCUCAGUGACAGGAUGGCUAGGCCUGGCUACAGAGGAUGAACCUGGUGAGCCAGCUGAAGGAGGGACAAAAGAUGAGAGAACAGAAACACAGGCUGAAGCUUCUUUCACAUCUUCUGUGACAGGAUGGCUAGGGUUGGGAGGAGAUGGAAAACCUGAUGAUAUUAUGAAAAAUACAGAAGACAACAAAGAAAGUGCUGAUUCUCUCACUUCAACUAUGACUGGGUGGCUUGGCCUCGGGGGAGAGAAUAAAAAAGAUCACUCCGUUGAAGAAAGAGAGGCUGAUGAAGAAAAAGAACCAACAGAGACAUUCAGGAGCAGGAGGAUGUCUCUGGACCUAGAAGGUAGCCAGUUACAUGAAGAGGAGAAGGAAGAGAUGGGAACAUUGGAUUGGCUGGGAAAUGGACUGUCAAAUACCUUGGGCUUUGGAGUGACCAAUCAGGAGGCCGGACAUGAGGGAGCAACUGAAAGAGAGGCAGAGGAGACAGUCCAAAAGGAGGAGGGACAGUCAGGGUCUGGCUCUUGGUUUGAUGUGGGGAUCGGGGACAUUUUAGGCUUCAGGAAAGAAAAGAGUGAAGCUGAUGAGAGAACAGAAAGUGGUUUGAAGGAAAGAGAAGAGAUCCCAGUGGAUACCAGUCAAUCACCACCUUCACUGACAGAGGAAGAAAUAGCACAAAGUAGCAACGCAUCAAAAGUGGAAGAUCCUCCAAAAGACCAAACUGUCCCAUCAGAGAUAGAGAUAGUAUCUGGCACUAAUAAUAAUGAUGGAGGUUCUUUAGACAGUAGCAGGGACACUGUCUCAUCUGAAGAUGUAGCAUCUGAGGACAAUCAAAAAGACAUUGAUUUGUUAGAAGAAAAGUCAGAGGCUGUAGGUGGAAUGUCUUCAAUGCUCGACAGUGAGGAAGAGGAGGAACAUAUUAUUUCAGAAGAUAUUGAGAAAGAGGAAAACAUACUAGACGGGGAAAGAUCAGUAGAAAUGAAGGGGGAAGAUCAUAAGAUGCCUAAAUCAAUAGAAAAUGUGGAUGAUAACAACAGAGGGCCCAGAAAAGACAAGGGUCACACUCAUCAGGAUUUUUUCACACAAUAUGACAUUAACUUAGGGUCUGACAGCGCCAGAUCUCUGGAGUUAAAUGUAGACUCCACAGAGCCAUCUGUUGGUGAGGAGGACAAAAAAGAGAAAACGGUUGAGGAAAGGUCUGAUAUCCAAAAUAAGAUUUACGACACAGACGAAUCCACUGAUAAGUCUGGUAAAAGUGGUUCCAGAGAGGAUGAUCAUGAAGGUGAAGGGAGUAAUGCAGAUAUAGAUGAACUUCAGAGAGAAGUCUCCCUGAUUCAUGCUGAUGGAUCAGCAGAACAAAUUCAAGUCAGUGGGGCUGCAGAACAGCGAUAUGAACCAGUCUCCACUGAGGAAGACACUUUAACUGCUCACAGAGAAGAAAACAAUACAUAUCUUUCAGAUUCACUGGCUAUAAUUGGUAAUAACACAGAUACAGAGACAAACCAGGGUGAGUUAGGGCAGGGGGAACAGGGGCACCCUGUUGAGGACAGCUCUCAGUGGUUUGGAUCAUCCAGUAAUCAGAGUACAGAAAUGUUGUCUGACAAUGCCUCGGAGGAGGACAGAAGAUCAUUUUCUGCUAGUGAGAGCACACCAGAGAUGGAGGAUGAUGCAGAUCAGAACUCUGUGUCCCCAGAUAUGCGACAAAGUGAAGGUGAUGCACACAAGCUAAAGAAAAUGAAGAAAGCUAGUGAAGACAACCUCCAGGCAGUUCAAACUGAGGCAUCAGGGCUGGAGGAAUAUGUUUUGAAUGAAAGUGGUUUAAAGUCAGGUACAGGCUCUGAAACAGAGACUGACGAAGACGAGGAGGAAAGGCAGGAUGAGGUAGAGGAGUUGAAGGAAGAGGAGAAGUCGCAGGAAAUAAAGAAGAUCAGGGAGGAGGUAAAGGAAGAGGACCACCACAAUAAGGUGGAAGAAGUAAAGAAAGAGGAGAAGCAGGGGGAAGAAGAGGAAUUAAAGAAAGAGGAGAAAGGGGAUGAGUUGGAAGAGGUAAAUGAGGAGAGGGAGCAAGAGAAGGGGGAAGAGCUACAGGGAGAGAAGAGGCAGGAGGAAGUGGAGGAGUUAAAGGAAGAGGAAAAGUUACAGCAGACGGAAGAGUCGAUAGAGGAAAACCAGAAGUUGAAAUUGCUAAAUGAAGAAGAGACGAGGGAAAAGUUAGAGAUGGUGGAAGAUGAAAAGAAAAAAGAGGCGAAAGAGGAAGAAAAACAAGUAGAGUCAUCUCAUUUUAAGGCAGAGAUGGAAAACACUGACAGGGCAGAGUCAGAAAGAACUGAGAAAGGGACACAAGGUGAGAAUAUCUUGGAGUCUGUGCUCUCCGAAAUGCCUACACAGACUGAAAAGAGAGAGACAGAAUGCCCACAGGUGAAAGAGGAGGAAAGAGUGGAAGAAAACGGAAAAUGGGAGGGGGUGGAAGAGGUUAAGGAUGACAUGAAAGAGGGGGAGGGUGAGAGGAGUGAAUGUGAAAAUGAGCUUUGUCCUCAUGCUAGCAGAGAUGGACUGGUGAGGGAUGGAGAUGAAAACAAUUUUGAGAAUAAAGUGACUGCAGCAGAAGAAGCAGAAAUAGUGACAGGAAAGCAAAAUCCAAUGAAUGACAAUGAUCAAAUAUUAGCAGACAGGACAGGAGUGAGUCAGGCGGUGCCAUCUGAGGGCAUGGAGACAGACGAGGAUAGAAAACAGGAUGAGGAAGAAAAUAGAAAUUAUGACGCUGAGGCUGACGAGGGGGUAAAAGAGCAGGGUGAGAAGAAAAACAGUGAUUCAGAUAUAACUGGGAGUGAAGGCGUCAAAAGCAACAAUGCUGACAGUUUCACUGAUUUUAAUGGGAAAACUGAUUACACAGACAAUGAUCUGCUACCUUCAGGUGAGAGUGGCCAAAACAGCAUUUCAAAACUCGAUUUACUUGGCAAGACAGCUGACGACAAAGAGGAUGAUCAACCGUAUUCCAGUGAGGCCAAAAACACAAACUUCUCUAAUGACAAAGUCCUUCACCAGGGAGAUGAAACGAAACCAGAAGACACUGAAACUAGCAACAACGAGAUUUCUAAUGAAAAGAAAACAAAACAUUUACGCUCUGAUCAGAAGAUAGAUACAGAGAAGGAAACUGACAAGGAAGAGGGGGACAUACACGUAAAGGAUGAUGAUGUGAGAGUGAAUGAGGAUGCUCAGCAUCCAGCCAGUUCUUCACUUGUGUCUGAUGGUCUCAGUGAAGGCAUAGCAGAGACUAAAAGUGGAGGGGCGCUUGGCCUUUUCAGUAACGCCUUCAGCUUUUUCCACCAAACACCUUCCACUGAAUCCACAGAAUCUGAACCAAGUCUUGAGUCGGUUGAGACAUCCGGGUCACACACCCCUCUGACUCCGGAACAAGAGAUGGAGUCAACUACUGAUUCAACUCAGGUUCACGUUGAAGAUUUGCACACAAACUCUACGAUCGUCCUGUUAGAACAGCAGCAGCAGCCCACCCCACUUACAGUUAUGCAGACAUCAUUUCCGCCGACGACACAGGCCGAUUCUCACCCAAGUUCUCUGUCUCCAACCACAGGAAGCCCCCUCCAAACAAAAACCCUCUCCAAACAUUACAAGAACCUCCUGACAUACAUGAACGCACACGAGACCACUGUUUUGAAGGAGCUCUUCGGAGGACACAAGCUGCAGUUUUUGGAUUACAAGUUAGGAAAAACAGAUUCCACAAUGGAUGACCCUGACAGAGAUGAAUCGAUAGUUUUGGAUAUAGAAAGACUUCUGCAUUAUCACAGGGAGACGCUAGUGGCUCCGAGCAUGAGGCUCGCAGAUGCACCACAAGAGGAUAAAAAAAAGACGAGCGCACUCAUCGCACUGCAGAAGCUAGAGAUGCUGUUGGGAAGAGUGAGAGAGACUUUCAACAAAGCACAAUUAGAUGUCAGUAAAACAAACCACCAAGAUACAGAUGAGACCAUCAAGGGAGGGUCAAACAAGAUGUCCGCGUCCUCUGUAGGUCUGGAUAAUAACGCUCCGAGAGAUGAACAGACGGGGAUGGAUAAAGAGAAAGUCAGACACCUGAGUGGAGGCAUAGGAAAGGAGUGGGUCACUGAGGGUAAGAAAAGAGAAGAGAAGGAACACAGAGGUAAAGAAGAGAGAGUGUCCCCUGAGUCUCAGCCUCAUGUUCAUCCAGGAACACCGCAGCCACUAGAAGGUCCAGGGGUGAUGAACCGUAUGCUGGACUUUGUUCACCAGAUGGCUGAAGACUCGACCACUCAUGUUCAUGCAGCAAGGGAGCUCACCACAUGGCUGACUGUACAGGUUGUGUCGUCGCUGCCUGAUGAUAUCAGACCGGGGCCUGACCUGUAUGGGGUCCCAUGGGAGCCUGUCAUCAUCACCAGUUUCGUGGGGCUGAUGACGAUGCUGUUGUUCACCUGUAGAUGUUAUAGCUCUGUCAAAAGCAGAUUGUAUCGAAGUAAAGAGCGGUGGAUGGCUGAGCAGGUUGCGCAGCUGCUGGAUGAAAAGUGUAAAGUUCUUGAGACUCUCAGCAAAUGUCAACAAGAGUAUGAUGACCUGGAGAACUCACUAAGGGACAGUGGUGUCUUGGCCCAAACUCAAAAGACAGAACAUCUGGAGGGCAAAGCCAGACAGUUGGGACAUGCUAAAAGGGAGCUGGAGAGGGAUCUCAAUCAACUGAAGGAUCGGCUGGACCAGCAGAAAGAUCAUAGGAUAGAGCAAGAAAGAAGGAUAGCGGUGCUUGAAGAGAACAUGAAAACAUUUGAUGAAGAAAUUAAAGACCUCCAGUCACAGGAUGAACAGGCACAAACUACUCUCAAAGUGUACGAUAUGAACAGUGACAGACUACAGAGGAAUCUGGAAACAGCUGGAGAGGAGAACACACUGCUACAGGAAAGCAAUGCUCAGUUGAGGCAGCAGGUGGAGGGAUGGGCAGAAAGAGUGAGUGAGUUGGACGCAGAGAUGAGCAGGUGUGAAGCCACCCACAGCGGGAUGCUGCAGGAUGUGGCCAACAAAGAUGAGCGUAUUAUGUCUUUGACAGAUCGACUGCUGAGUAUGAAAGCUUGGGAUUCAGACCUGGAGGAGGAGGAACGUGAAGAGGGAGGAGAAAAGGAGACAUCUAAUGGGACAGCAGGGAAAGAAGCUGAGAAUGGAAAAGGAGGCAGAGAGGACACACAAGGCCACCUUCAGAAAGUCCAGAAACUUAUUUAUGCUGCUAAGCUGAAUGCAGACCUAAAGUCAGUCGAUGAAGACAAGGACAGAGCUUUUGCCAAACUGAAUGAUGAAGUCAAAGCUAAAGAAGACUUGCUCGUGGGCAUCAAGGAGUUGGAGAAUGAGAAAUUAUCACUGCAGUCCAGCACUGAGCACUAUUCAGAUCAGGUCCAGAGAUUACAACAGAAACUUCACAUUAUGACUGAAAUGUACCAGGAGAAUGAGCUCAAGCUACACAGACUGCUGACCGUGGAGGAAAAGGAGCGCUUGCAGAAAGAAGAUAAGUUAAAUAAAGCAGAUAAAAACAUUGCAUUGGCCAUGGAAGAACUCAACAACUACAGACAACGAGCAGGAGAGAUGGAGGAAGAGCUGGAGAAAUCCAAACAAUCUUACCAGACUCAAAUAUCAGCACAUGAGAAGAAGGCCCACAACAACUGGCUGGCAGCCCGAGCAGCAGAUAGAGAGCUAUCAGACAUCAGGAGAGAGAACGCUCUCCUUAGACAGAAGCUGACUGACACACAGUUUAAACUAGACGCCCUCGACAAAGAUCCCUACGCCUUGGACAAUCUGGCUCGGCCACUGCCUUUCAGAGCUGAAAGGUCACCAUAUGGUCCAUCUCCUCUGGGUCGACCUGCAUCUGAAACUAGACCCUUUCUAUCUCCUCCGACAUUAAUGGAUGGACCACCUGCUAGACUGUCUCCUAGAGUGCCUCGUGGUCCAGUGGAGCCUUCAGGUGGCCACGGGGAGAUGGAGCGGAGUGGAGGUCCUCAUUCAGACAGUGGCUCAAUCUCUCCAACAUGGGAGAGAGAUCGCAGGGGACCCCCAACAGGACCCCCUGGGCACCUAGGACCUCCAGGCUAUAUGUUCCCAGAACCAGGAGGUCCAAUGUACAGGAGACCUCUACCUCCUCCAGGAGCUCUGGGCCAUUUGCCUCCUCUUGGCUCCCUCCCGCCCGGCCCUCUUCAUCUGAGGGGUCUCCCCCCUGGACCCCCUCACCCUGUAGACAUGGCAGAUGGCUCAUACAGAGAAAAUAGCCUUGGGCCUGGUGAACAGGAACACAGAGAGCAGUUUGGCCCUGAUCGAAGGACUCCCCCUGAAGGUGAUCCAAGACUGGGGGGUGCACCACCUCCUGGACCCCUGAUGGGCCCCAUGGAUGGCCCCUUUCCUCGUAGAUCCCCUUAUGGACCACCACCUCCAGAUUUCUACCCACUCAGGGGACCUGGGGCCCCUCCCAUGAUGCCUAUGUGGGCCCCACCACCACCAGGAAUGAUGUUCCCUCCUCCUCGUUUCUCUGCCGGCGGACCUCCUCUUCCUCCUGCUCCCCAUCCUCAGCACGUUCCCACAAUGCGACCCUCUCUGCCCGUUGGCCUCCCACCUCCUUCAAUGGCGACCCUCCCUCCUCAGCAGUCCCUUCCCUCUCCACCGCACAACCAGUCGCCUGAGGAGCACACACCCAUGCCUGAAGACGCUAUCUGAGCCUGACAAGAUUUUCCUGAGCUGUGAGAUUUUUGAGGUUGAUGGAUGUUUGGGCAGCUUGCUGUUUUACAUUAACAUCUACUCUUUAACCAGGAGGAUGUGUUUAAUGAAGAGUGGGGAAAUCUGCAGCCUUUGUGGUUGCCUCUUCCUUCUAUUCACAAGCUAUCUUCGCUCUUACUUCUGCCCUGUAUCUUUUUUUCUUCCUGUAUCACUUGCUCUGCCCCAUCAUCAUUCAGCUACAUUCCCUGUGAAUUCAGUCCUGUUGCUGUGGAAUCACAGUGACAGCGGUUAGCCUUUGUUGUGUAAUUUCACAGGCAGGGACACGCCAGUCAAAUCUGUGCGUCUGUGUGUGGUAAUGUUGCCACGUGAACCAGAAACAGUCGCUUGUUGGGCAAACGAUGCCAGAAAGGUUUAAAGACACUUUUGCAAUGUGUGCAUGUAGAAAUGCUAUAUGUGUGAUAUGGGGAAGAGCAACAGGGUUUUACCUACGGCAUCUGUCGACAAUUUACAUUGAAAGCACAGAAGUCGGCUGAUGCAAUAUAUUUUGUUACACCAACACACAGUCCAUUGUCACCAAAAUGUUAGAAAUGUAGCCAGUUAGCAUCUGCGUUGUUGUUGACGUGGAUUCUACUGAGAUCACAUCAGGUCUUGUUUUGUCUGUGACCGAACAGAGUUGAUCUUAAACAUUAAAUAUUCCUUAGAGGUCAAAUGAGACAGUUUCCUAAAAUAUGAUUAAAGUGCAUAACUACAUUUGCUGGCUUCCUGUCGGAUUUUAAGGACUUUGCCUUCAUCAACAAAGCUUUUAUUUCAGACGCUCUUGCCCUUGUAUCAUGUUUCAAUCAUUCAGAAAUGGCCUAGGCUUGAAAAAGUGGCUUUUAUUAGCAGCUUGUGUGUUGUCGUAGUAAGCUAUGACUGAUUUUUGGCAGUCACAAUGCGGUGAAUAAAAAUGGACUGACUGGAUGAGAGGCUACUUUCAAAGCCAUAAAGAUGACACCCAUGUGAAUUUUGUAAAAAAAAAAAGUGAUCAUUAAUAGUUGAAUAAAGACUGUCAAAUUGUCAAAAUCUCGAUAUUUCUGACUUAACAGUGUUUUUUGCGUAUGAGUUGCAGCUGCAAUCUCAUCAGUGGCUAACAGGAGCACCAAAGCAUUGUGUGGUCAGUUAUUGGUGUUUUCUGCAGUACUGUACAUAUGACAUGCAUUGGCAGUGUUUUAAAGAUGUAAUUGAUUUUUUUUUCCAAAAAAAAGACUUUAAUUUAUCGUAUCAUUGACUGUAAAGUACAAUUUAUAACUUGUGAUGUGUCAUUUACAUUCACACAUUUUAUUUGAAGGUGAACAGAACAUUCUGAAAAUAAAUGCUGCAACCUCAAAACUGUA